AUGGACAACCCAGAGAAAGAGCGCAUCACACAGCUGCUGCUGCUUAGCUUCAUCGAAAGCUUCACUAACCAUAGUUUCCAUAAAGAGCUGGAGACGGUGGCCAAGAUACUGGACCUGCAAGGUUCCGAGGAGGAUGGCGAGUAUCUCAUGGAGCUCAAUGGGGCCGGCCAGCCCAGUGUGACAAGGUCAACCGUGGUGAAAUUGGGAAUAGUACUCGCCCAUCGUGGGGAGAACAUGGAAAGCAGAAUUGAUCUCAGUCACGUGAGCAAGGUGCAUGAGAUUUUGACGAACCCAAGUCUGUCAGAGGAUGACAGAAUGCGAUGCCUGGUGGCCACGCUAGAACAGAUAAUGCCGUACUUCCCUGAACACGAGAAGAAUGAACGGAACAUGCUGAUCCUGUCCAUGCAGAUGGCCAAAAAGUCAGCUCAACACAUGCCGAACCUGCUGUUUGAAAUCGUUGAGGUUUUUGGGAAACUUAUCCAGAAACUCUGCCCCUGUCUGACGGACUUAAUCAACAGUGAGAUGCACUGA